AAACAGCAACUGACAGACAAUGAACAGAAAAAGAGGAUCAAAGAGAUGACAGUCAAGGAUGCAUCUAACAUUCAGACUUACUACAAGUCGUCUCGGCUGGGUAUCAAAGAGAUUGAAAGCCAAAUGACCACAGAGGAAUUGGCUGAAGAAAAAGAGUAAGAUCUUUUGAUUACAAAGUAAAUAGGAAGUAAUAGAAAUUAAAAUAAAUUAAAAUGUUACCCCUUAUCUUAAACCUUUUGAAGAGAGACCUGGCAACUUUCCAUUAGUACAGCCAAGUGCUGUCAUUUAGAGAUGACCACAAAAUAAUUCUUGUCAACUUUAACUGUACUUUGAAUGGUGAAGUUAUCUCAAGAGUCUCCUCUUCAACGUACCUGGGGAUAAUCUAUUGCUGACAAUUUUUCCUGGAAUGAACCUUGUGAUACAGUUUGUAAGAAGGCAAAUUCAAGUCUUGGUCUUCUUGGACAGAUCUGGUUGUACUACGAAGGUCAAGAACACCGCUUAUCUUACUCUUGUAUGCCCCAAACUGGAGUUUGCCAGUAGUGUAUGGAACCUUCACAUGCAGUGUAAAAUCGAUAAGAUACAUGUAGAGAUGGUUCAGUGCCCGGCCCUGCGGCCAGAUUUUUCGACAACAAUCAUUCUCAUUUCAGCCACGUCUCUCCAAUGAUUUACGCCCUGGGAUGGGACUCCUUGGAGAACCGUAGAUUGAUCAACCAAGUGUUCAUGUUUUACAAGAUCUAUAAAGGGCUUGUUGGUAUUUCCCUACCACCUGAAACAUCUCACAAUAUAAGAGCUUCAAGAUCUCCUAAUUGUCCACCAUUUUACCAACUUACCAUUUUGAACUACACCUAUAUUUUUUUAAUCCUAGAACUAUUAGAACUUGAAACAGUGUAUCCUUAUCUAAAAUUCCUGAUUCUUUUGAUGAAAUUAAAGCCAUUAUCUCUAGCAUAUAGGAUACUAAAAUUAUGUUGUAUUUUUAUAUUUUAUUCACAUUCAUUUUAUUAGGCCAUUUUAUUGUGUGCUCAUUUAUUCAUGUACAAAUGUACAUAUAUGUUUGUUUAUUUAUUUAUUUAUGUACUUAUUUAUUUUUAAAAUUUUCUUUUAAUACUCUCAGUGUAGUUAAUUAAAACUGGUUUAGGAGUAUACUCAUUAAAGAUUAAAGAACCUCCAAUGUUACGACAAAAUUUUGUUAAAUCAAAUAUUAAUUUUCAACUUGUCAGAAAUAAAUGCCAAAUUUCAAUUCUUUUCUCAAAAGACUUUCAAAUGUACCUUAACAGAAAAUUAGUUUUAAUGUUUCACAUGAAUGCAUUUACCUCAUAAGAUUAUCAAAAAGAGACCUGUACUAAGAAUUAAUGCUCUUUGGAGCUUACUUGCUCCUAAACAAUAACAUUAUAAAAAAUAUUAAACAUUAAAAAUAUUGGUGGCAGCCCAAGUGAUUGCAAAUUGGAAGGAAAUAUUAUUAUUGGAAGGUAAUAUCAUGUGCCUGAAAAACUGGGUACUUUUGAUUAAUGUAAUAGUUAUUCUUUUUCAUUUUAUACAAGGACACAGAAAAAACAACUUGAAGAAAUUUUUAAGCUCCUGGAGACAGAUAAGGACAAGUAUGGUGUAACAACAAUGGAUGAUCUUCAAGCACAAAUGAAGUUGUACACAAGAUAA